UAUAGAAAAUUGAGCAAAGCGUUAAACGCGCGCACGUACCAAGCAUAAAUUUUAAGUGAAAUAAAAGACAGCUGCCAAACACACACACACACAAACACGAAGAAAGAAAUAAAGAGAGAGCAAUUAUUGCUAACGAGAUGUUGACAAACUGUGAGCUAUUGGCCAAAUGCCUGCUGCUGCUAUGCGCUGCGCUCUGCGUCGCGGCCAGCUCGCUGCAGUUAACCAAUGCAGCAGCAGCGCAGCAGGAGCAGCAACUAGCGCGUCAGCAUCUAAGCUACGCAAGCGUGCAGCGUUUGCUGCGUGACGAGCAUGCAGCUGCGAGUUAUCGCGGCGAGUUGCGCGCAGCAGCGCCGCAUCAGCUGCACAAGCGCGAGCUCAGUCUGCCGCUGCAGCUGCUAAAUCUAACGCAACAAGGACUCACCGCCUAUGACAGUGAGCAGAACUAUCAGGCGCCAACGGAGCUUAUAACACGCAUUGACUUGAGUCGCAAUCGCUUGCGCAGUCUCAAGCUGCGCAGUUUUGCGCAGCUGCAGCAACUGGACGCCAGCAACAAUUCGCUAACAACAGCGCCUGAGCUUGCCGCUGCGCUUAUGCAACUGAAUCUGGGCUGCAAUCGCUUGAGUCAACUGCCCAGCAACUUUUUGCUGCAACGCAUGCCGCAACUGAAGCAACUGAAUCUGGCGCACAAUCAGCUGCGCAAUAUUUCAAGGCAGGCCUUCUUUAAUGCCUUUGCUUUGGAAACGCUGCUGCUUGGCCACAACAACAUCACGGACAUUGACUAUGAAACCUUCUUGGCGCUGCCCAAUCUGCAGCAUUUGGAUUUGUCGCACAAUCAGCUAAGCGGCAGCGCCAUACGCGCGCUGCAGGGCAUACCCGACUUGGUUAGUCUGUCCAUUGCCUACAAUCCCGCUGUGGGCGCUGCUAUGCAGGAGUUUGUUGCCUCCUGGAGUCUCAAGGAGUUGGACGCCAGCGGCACUGGACUGUGCCAGGUGCCUGCAGCUCUAGCGCAAUCGGUGCGCACACUUAAGCUUGCACACAAUUGGCUUAUGGCAAUUAACUGCGGCGACUUGGACAGUUAUCCACUGCUGCAAUAUUUGGAUUUAUCGCAUGCGCAUAUCAAACACGUGGAGGACGAUGCGCUGGGACGUUUGGAGCUGCUCGAGCUGCUGCUGCUCGAUCAUAAUGCGCUGCAGCGUGUGCCCAACAGCUUGCCGCCGGCGCUGGAACAUUUGUUCCUGCAACACAAUCAGAUUCUGGAGCUGCAGCCACACAGCUUUGCUGGCUUGAAUAAUUUGAAAACGCUCGAUUUGUCCGGCAAUCGUUUGCUCUACUUGCCCGCGCUGCCGCUGCCCAAGCUGCUGACGCUCAAUCUGCAGUCGGCGGGCAUUGAGAGCGUCAGUCAGUCCAUAGUGCAUACAUUGCCAGAGCUGCGCGAUUUGCUGCUGGAGGAUAAUCCGGUUAAGUGCAGCGAUUUGCUGGCCAUUGCCGAAUGGGCAAGUCCUUGUCGCUCAGCAGACGCCAGUCCCAGUCCCAGUCCCAGUCAGCUAAGCGUUCUGGCCGCCAUUGACUUGAGGGCACAAUAUGCACAAUUGCCGAGCCUCUAUGCACAGUUUGGCAGUCAUUGCGGUCAAAGUGCAGCAGCAGACGAUGACCCCGUUGAAUCAAUGCCGCCCACUUGCAACCAGCAGCAGCAGGCGGCAGCAGCAGCAACAACAGAGCGAACUAUGCCAAAAGUACAAAAGUCAAAGGCGGCGGCAGCAGCAGCAACAGUAACAACAGCAAUGCAAUCAACUGCCAACAACAUUGCAUUGCUAACCACAAAAACUUUGGGGCCAGCUGAAACAACUUCGUUAGUGAAAAUGCCAAGCAUGCCAACUACAACAGCAACAACAGCAACAGCCAAACGCACAAACAAUUUGGCAACGCAGCCCGCAGCAGCAACAACAGCAGCAGCAGCAAUCGCUGUAAAUUCUAUGCAGCAAGUGCUUAAAACAACGCAAGCAACAACAACAAUUGUGCCGGCGAGACGUGCAAUGCCAACAGCAACCACAACAGCAACAACAGCAGCAGCGACUACAAAAGUCGAUGAGCCACAAACAAUUUUGGCGCGUAUAAAUUCAGUUCAACAACAAAAGCAUUUUGAUAAUGUUGCCAACAGUUUAUUAAAACAGACAGCAGCAACAGCAACGCUAACUGACACUUCCGGUCAAGAGAGCAGCAAGACGCUGCCGCAGCAACAUAAACAUGCAACAUUGCAGCUGCACAUUAAAGAUCGCCAUCUAAUUGGAACGCCAUUGCUCAUGCACAAGGGCGACAACCUGCUGGUCGAUGCGGAGCAAUUGUUGCUGCCAGGCACAGCGACAGUGGCGGAUGCGGAAACAUUGGACACAAGCCAACGAAAGGAAGCGACUGAUAAGCGACAAACGGAAGCAAUAAAUGGCGACAUAAAGGCGCCAGCAAAGCCAAGCAAGAAGAAGCCAACAUUAAGCAUAAAGCAGAUGACCUACAGCACCAAACAUGCAGCCACAACAACAACUACAGAGCAGCAGCCACAGCAGCAGCAGCAGCAACAUCAGCACAGCAGCGUCAAUACGCCCAAUGCAGUGCAGCAGCCGCUUAGCACAUUCGCUCAGCUGCAAGCCUAUGUAGAGCUUAGAACUGAAGCCUCCAAGUCCGCGCAGCUGCUGCUGGCCACACGCCAACAGCCGUCGGCAACGCUCAGCAACACGCAUCCUGGCCUAAUGCUGCUCAUUGCUUGUGUGUUAGUAAUUGUGCUGCUGGCAGGACUUGCGCAUGUUUAUCGCUGUGAGCUGCCCUGGGCACGUGGCCAUGCCCCAGCACGCCCACAUCAGCAGCAGCAGCGGCAGCUUAGCGAGCCAGACGAUGCGCACAGCUUUCUACAGUUUGCUGGGGAUCCUGCGCGCCUGCAGAGCUGGCAUCAUAGCACUCGACGUGAAGCGCCCUACAGCUCGCCGCUGCACAAUUUGCAGGCGCGUGAGCUGCAGCGCGAGCAACAGAAGCUGCAGUUCUAUAGCGCAUCGCUGGCGGAUAUUUGCAGCUCCAGCGGCAGCAGCUCGAGUCGCAGCAGCUUGCAGUCGCCCAGUCAUGAGGACAGCUACUACAUUGAAAUGGCGCCCAGCAGCCCCAGCGGCGGCGCAGCAGCGGCCAGCGCGCAGCUCAGCAAUCUGCCCAUGGAGCUGCUCAGCACUGCGGGCCACACUUGCAACAGCAGCAGCAGCAGCAGCUCAGCUCAGAUGGCAGCCACAGAGCUGGGCGGCAGUCAAGCUCCAAGUACGCUGCGCAGCAAGUUAAUGGCGCCCAGCUCGCGUCGUCUGGGACUUUGGUGACAAAGCGUGUUUGGCCAGCGACAAUAUGCGCCCUUUCAAUAAGCCUGCAACAACAAUUUAAAGCCAAAUGAGUCAUAAAGCCAAACAGCAGUCAGCAGCUGCAGCAUAAAUUCUCUCUAUAAAGAUUUCUAUAUAUAUAUAAGUCAUAGCCAACAUAUAUAAUGUACAUAGUCGCGCCAGCUAGCUUGAUUUAUGGCUCGUUGUGGGUGGCAAGCCUCUUAGCGUUUUAGGUUAGCCAGCAACAAUUUGUCAUAAAAGUUUCGUUACGUUACGUAUACGCCGCAUACAGCAGACCAGACCAGACCAUACCAGACCUAAAUAGCCAACGCCAGCAAUUUUUUAUGCGCCACGGACUGCCGCUCAAUUUGAUGUGCAGCUUGUGGUCAGAUUUGGGUCAGUUUACUUGCGGCCAGUUGACUUUAUACGCGUGUGUGUGUGUCAGUGUGUGUGUGUAAGCCAAGAUUAAGUGCUUUGAUAGUCAUGCAUAUAAAAAUGAUAUAUCGAUAAAGUAUUAAAUAACAAUUUUGUUGAUGGCAAAGUUCGUAAAUGCCUACAGCAGCUUAUAAGACGCUCAAUUUGUGUCUGUCGCUCUCUCUCUCUCUCUCUCUCGCUCUUCCACUUCAUGUUUGGCAAACUAAAAACUAAAACUAUGUUGUAAUUUAAUUUUUUGUGCCACUUGUGCCAUGCAGACACUUCAGAGUUUGCUUUAACUCAACUCAAUUGCAAUUUAAUUAAACAUUUUUGACUUUGUCUGCUGCUGACUUUAGCUUUAGAUAUCUUUAUCUCACCCUAUUUAGCACUUGUCGAACAAGCAGCAACCCCCCAAAUGGGGGGGGCGACAACUCAUUUUACAAAUUGACCAGCAUAUGGUGUAAAGCCGUAGCAAAUGUGAAAUGUUCGCUAAACUAUUUGAGGGCAGCCAACAUCAAAAUAAUGCGCCAAGCAAAUCAAAUUACAAGACACCACCACACAAAAAGGCGAAGAAGAAGAAGCAGCCAGAGUAAAGUACAAAUACAAAACACAACAAUUACAUUAAGACACGAUAAAAAGUUGUGCCAAGAUUGUGGUUCCAGCCACAGUUUUUUUUUUUUUUUGCUCAAGUUGCUUUUGUGUAACUCGAGCGACAAGCAACAGGAAGUGCCAGUGAAAAAGAGAUAGAGCUAUAGAGCUAUAGAUAUUGCGUUUUGUAGAGUGAGAGAUUGUUAGCAGGCGUUCAUGCGUUCAUCUUAAGCAAUUCAGAAGGAUUUAUUUUCGGCCACAAAUGCCGAAAUGCCGAGCAAAGCGAGCUAACAACAAUUAAAGUAAUGCUGACCAACAAAACUGCGCCCCCAAUUGGAUGGGAUUAGGUUAGAAGCAAACAACAAGCGCACACACACACACACACACACUUCAGUGUAGGACACACAAAAUCUUAAUUAAAUAACUUCCAAGUGGGCAAGUGUCAGGGCUUGAGCUCAAUAUUUUGCGCCAACUCAGCACUAAACUUGGCUACAAAAGCCACACAAUAGGCCAUUGUCAAAUUUAAUGAAGGUUCUGGCUACUACAGAAUGUUUUUUAAUUUUAUUUCUCGUACUAAACCUUUAAGCGUCAGAAGAAAAUCCCAAUGAGUUAAUUCGAUAUUUGACACUUUUGGGCGUCAACUCGCAGUCGCAGUCGCAGUCGCAGUCAAGCGUAACUUCAGUUAAUAAAGUUACUGGCCCAGGCAGCCAAGUUAAUGUUCAAUUAAGUUUGUUGCCUUUUGUGGUCUGGCCUAGAGUCUGUGGUUGUACUUUUUGACAAACUGCAUAACAAUAAUUAAACUUAACUAAGCUCUCUCUGUACAUUUAAAA